GCGAAAAUCCCAAAAUAGCACAACCUUUUCAGUCGUUCAUGACCACGUCCCUUUCUUUCCCUUGUAUCCGUUCACCACCAAAAUCAGUCAUGGCAGUACUUCACCACCCAAAUCCUAAAGACAUCGCCGCCGCAAAAUAAUCGUACACCACCCCCGUCUUCGCUACAGCCGCAAAAACCGUGCACCACCACCGUCUUCGUCGGCUCCCCCACUGUCUUCGUUAGCUCCCCCACUGUCUUCUCCACCUCUUUUAUUGAAGGAAACCCAGGGAAUGCAUUUCGUUCAAGAUGUCAGCAGCUUCCAUCUCCAGGAUCGUAGCUAGGAAUCUCCGGCGGCGAGUAAACCCCGAGAUCCGUUCCAAGUGGGUUCCACAAUCAUCCCUAAUUUCUACUUCUGCCCAGUCCGCCUUCACGGCGCCUCAACCAGUACAAGAGAAAAGGGAGAGGUCAAUAUGGUCAAAGUUAUUGCUUUUUGUACCAGGAGCCAUCACCUUUGGCCUUGGCACUUGGCAAAUCUUCAGAAGACAAGAAAAGAUAAAGAUGCUGGAGUACCGGCAGAUUAGACUUGGGACUGAACCACUCAAGGGGAAUGAGAUUGUGCCUUCCAGCGGGAAUUUCGAUUCUUUGGAGUUCAGGAGAGUGCAGUGUAAAGGAGUUUUUGAUGAGAAGAAGUCAAUUUAUAUUGGCCCGCGUUCAAGGAGCAUUUCUGGAGUGACUGAAAAUGGAUACUACCUCAUAACUCCCCUAAUCCCAGUACCCGGCGACCCUGAAAGUAUACAAUCACCUAUUCUAGUCAAUAGAGGAUGGGUCCCACGGAGUUGGAGGGAUAAGGCUAUAGAUUCUUCAGCAGAUGAACCACUUUCAAGUAGCUCAUCCACCAUCAAUCAAGAGAGCGCAAAAACUUCUUGGUGGUGCUUUUGGUCUGCUAAGCUGGAAGCUCUUGAGGAGCCCGGCCCAUCUGUCAUCCCUGUUGAUGUGAUUGGAGUUAUACGGGGUAGUGAGAAGCCUAGCAUAUUCGUUCCAGCAAAUGAUCCCAAUGCAUCUCAGUGGUUUUAUGUGGAUGUUCCAGCAAUUGCUGGUGCUUGUCGACUUUCAGAGAAUACACUCUAUAUUGAACAUAUCAAUGAGAAUGUUAAUCCAAGCAGCCCAUACCCCAUUCCAAAGGAUGCUAAUACACUAAUUCAUAGUUCAGUGAUGCCACAGGACCAUCUCAACUAUAUGCUAACAUGGUACUCUCUAUCAACUGCAGUAACUUUCAUGGCUAUUAAGAGACUGAAACCCAGAAAGAGUAGGAGAUAGCACAUUCUUUCUUGUACCGAUUGACAUAUCUCUGAUCAGGUGGAUUUGUAAGCUCAAGCCGUAGUUUGCUGUGAGUGCUUGCACUCCUCACGGCAAUGCUGGUUGAAUUCAAUCAAAAUCUUGUGUUUCCAGC